AUGGCUGACAACAUCACGGCCGACACCACCAAGGAUGAUGCUGACUCCAAGGACACCACAGCGGUCCAGCCCAUCUCCGACCCAACAGCGAAAGACCCAAAACCCCCAGACACGGCCAAGGCACCCGCGUGCAAGAAGCACGGCGCCGAACCUGACAAACGAUCCAAAAAGAAAAAGAAAGCUCCCGAGACCAGCGACAGCUCCUCGGACUCAAGCCCCUCAUCGGACUCCUCCUCAGAGACCUCAGCCUCCGAAUGCACCAGUGGCAAUGAACUGGACCGCCGUAAGCGACACCGCCAGCGAACUCGCGCGCGGGCGAGACGCGCGAUGAAGAACCGGCGCAGAACAAAGAAGCGGUCGCGCAGGUCGGAUUCUGAUUCGGACGCCUCCUCGCCCUCCGACUCCGAAGAUGCGGGCGAUUCAGACCCCCAUAUGUUCUCGUCCACGGAUGAGAAGGCCGUGCGCAAGCUGAUGGCCCAGCUCCAGCUCAACACCCUUCGGUUCAAGGGUCGCCCUAGGCGGUUCAACCAGCAGGUCUCGGAUGACUUGAGUAUCUCCGAUCCGCUGGGUGACGCGCGGCAGAAGCGGAAGAAGAAAAAGACGGCUUCGAAGGUGGCUUUCAAGCGGGUUGACCAGCUUUGGGACAAUACGAUCCACAAGUACAAACUGACCGAGACGGUGGACGAUCUCGACGCAGAUGAAUGGGACCAGUACAUCUUCACAGUGCGCCGCCAAUUCAACUGGGAGAACAAGUACCAGGAGACGGUGGUCGACAUCAAGAGCAAGCCGCUGCGUGAUGCACUGGGCAAGGUCAUGGAUGGGGUCAAGGGUGUGAGUAUGGUGGAGGAGCCCGCAGUGGUGGAUCCCAACAUGCUAUUCUUGUAUCUGGAAGAGACGCGCCAGUACAUGAAAGAUCUCAAGCGGCAGGCCAAGACCGAGCGCAAGAAGAAGUCCCGCAAGGCGGCGGCGAGCAAAGCGGCGCAUCUGCGCGUGCUGGUCAAAUACUUGGAUACCGACUAUGCCGACACCAAGAAGACGCUGUAUCCGCUCCUGGAGAAUAACACCAUCACGUUUGAUCUGCUGUGGGCUCUAUACAAGCCCAACACCAUUGCCUACACGCCGACAUAUGGCAACACGGAUGAGCCUCGUGCCUUUAAGAUCGAGUAUGCGAUCAAGGAGAGCUCAUUCAUGAGGGGCGUAUGGUACAGCGUCGAGGGCCGCUACCUCGAGUAUGACGGCAAGGAUUUCGGGUUUGGGACCAUGUCCGCGGAAGUGGACUCGUUCAAGGGCGCUCGCAAGAUCACCAGUCUCGCAUGCUACCCGCUGCAGUAUCACCGCGACCCCCAGGCGCUGCGAGCGCGUCUGAUCGACCGCGGCAAGCGGUUUGUCUCGCUGCGCGGCAUGAACUACUGCUUCCACAAGGGCAUGGCUUUCUACAAGAAGAAGCGCUCGUUCAUCGUCAAGGUCAACAUCAACGGCCGCGUGAUGAUCGACCCAGCCAUCCACCGCCGCAUCAACCCCAACUACCUGAUCAGCACGGUGCGGCCCAAAGACCCGGAUCUGCUGGACCCGUCAGAGGUGGGACUUAGUGAUGCUGAAGACGACGACAGCGAGAACGGCUGCUGCUGCGGUGGACACGGUUCGGACUCCGACUCUGACAACAACGGCAGCGGGGCUUCAGAUCGCCCACGCACCAAGUACAAGGUCGUCGAAGACAAGGGUGGCACGGCGAUGGUGGUCGAGGUCGCGGUCGAUGAGAACGGCAACGAGAUCGAACGCGAGAAGAUGGACCGCAUCGAGGACGCAGACGGCGAGCCCGCCAAUACAACCGAACGCGCCUUCACCGAGGAGGAAUUGCUGAUCGCCAGCCCCGUCGUGCUGGGCUUUGCAUUCAGCGAGAAGCUGUGGCUGGAAUUCAGCAUCUCGGGCAUCAGUGAUAUCGAAUGGGACGGCGAUGCAUUCGACUCGCUCGUGCUCCCCGCCAACCAGAAGUCUAUCGUGAAGGCCCUGGUCGAAUCGCACACCUUCCACGCCGCCGAGAACAUCGACGAUGUCAUCCAGGGUAAAGGCAAAGGCCUAGUUGCAGUACUCCACGGGCCACCAGGCACAGGCAAAACCCUCACAGCAGAGGGCAUCGCCGAGCUCCUCCGACGACCACUAUACAUGGUCUCGGCGGGCGAACUAGGCACGGACUCGCGCACGCUCGAAGCAGAACUGAACAAGAUCCUGGACAUCGCCCACUCAUGGGGCGCGGUGCUUCUCCUCGACGAGGCGGAUGUCUUCCUUGAGAAACGCACCAUCCAUGAUAUCCACCGCAACGCGCUCGUCAGCAUCUUCCUGCGUCUGCUGGAAUACUUUCAGGGCAUACUGUUCUUGACUACGAACCGUGUCGAGACCUUCGAUGAUGCGUUCCAGUCUCGUAUCCAUGUCGCUCUGCGCUACGGCGACCUGACGACCAAGGCGAAGCGCAGUAUCUGGAAGAUGUUCCUGGAACGCGUGCGUGCUAUCGAGGGUGUGCGCACGGCGACGUUCUCGGAGGACGAUUAUGAUAUGUUGGCCAGGCAUAAUUUGAAUGGACGCCAGAUCAAAAACUCCGUCCGCACAGCACAAGCCCUCGCCGUCAACGAACGCUCCCCCCUGUCAAUGGCCCACAUCAGGAGCGUUCUCGAAGUCGCCGAAACCUUUGAUCAGGAUCUGCGCGGUGGGACUGGAUAUUUAGAUGCCAUGCGGAGCUACACUUAA